ACCAACGGAACUGUCGCUUUAAGAGGACAGGUGUGUCACGGACAGGUGACGGCGGAGAACCCGGAAGUGGAGAAGUUAGCGUGAGAAGACGGCCGUUCAGACAUGAACGUGAGAGAAAGAAGGGAGGACAAAGAAGGAAAAGAAGGAAAAGAAUGAGAGACACCAGACUGAAGACAUGAGACAACGUUUUAUUCUUACCAGUCUGACUGUGACAGCAGUCCUCCUCUCUGUGGACAUACUGGCUCAGGAACAGGUGCAGAUCCAGUUCCAGACAGACCCAGUCCUGGUUCAGACUGGUACAGAGAUCGUGUUCACGGUGCUGACUGUGUCUCAGGUCCUGUCCAUGACAUGGAAGUACAAAGGAGACGUGACUCUGGGCGUGUGGAGCGGUGGGAAACCUGUGGUCGAUACAGUGCCACAGUUUGAAGGCAGGGUCACCAUAGCGGCCAAUCAGCUCCGGAUCGGCGGAGCUCAGCUCCGAGACGCCGGGAAUUACUCGGUGAUCGUGAUUCCAACGUUCUCCACGGGGAUGGUCCAGAACUCCAGAUCAGUGCAGCUGAGGGUGUUUGACGCAGUGGCCGGAGUGAGUCUGUUUGUCCCCUCGGUGGCGGUGGAGGGUAAAAACGUCUCUCUGAGGUGUCGGUGGACGGCCGGGACAGAGACGUCUGUCCAGUGGGGGAAGGACGGUGUCGCGGUCACCGCUGACUCCAGGAUCAUCUUAUCUGACGACGGCUCUCUGAUCAUGGACCCGUCCAGACGUGCUGACACUGGAGAGUACAAGUGCACCGUCAGUAACCUGGUCAGCGCCCAGACCGCCACACAGACUCUGACUGUCUACUAUGGACCAGACACUCCGGUCCUGACCAAGGACUCGCCCAAGGACUGCGUGGGCGGGGGGGACGUGCUGGUGGGACAGACGGUCCGUCUCACCUGCACGUCCGCCUCGCUGCCUCCCGCCCUCUUCUCGUGGCAACGCGAUGGACAGACGGUGACGUCGGGACAGCCGGACAGCGGCGUCCUCAACCUGCAGACGUCGUCCACUGACGAGAGUGGACGCUACACGUGCACGGCCGCGAACAGCGUGACGAGCGGCUCGUCUGAGCAGGACACGCUGCUCAGCGUCGUGGACACAUGUCUCAGUGGAGGAGAAGUGGCCGGGAUUGUGAUCGGAGCUUUUCUGCUCCUCGUGAUCCUCGUGCUCCUCAUUGCACUCAUUGUUUUCCUUGUACGAAGGAGGAGGGAAUAUCUGAGACACAGAGACACUGUGUUUGUCCACAAAUCCAACCCUAACCCUCUGACUUUACCUGCAGAGCCUCGACCUGUGAGGGACCUGGGUCGGCGUCCCGACCCCCCCCUCCACCACUCUGACACACACACACACACACCGGGACACUUCUACACCGCGGCACACGAAACCCGCGGCAACGGACCGACGCUGCUGCUGAACAGCCUUCAACACUCGGACUCACACAGACGCACAAACGGACGCCUGCACAACGGCAUCGACAACCCGGCGUUCACACACACAGAAGCUCAGACCACAAACACACAACAGCAACAGCAACAGCAGCAGCAACAACAACAACAACAACAACAGAACCCCAACAUCCUCAUCCAGGCAGGGACACCGGGAGGAAACCCGGCGCCGGCGCUUCAGCUGAGCCUGAACACGCUGCCACAGACCGCACAACACAACAACGCACAGUUACCCACAAUCCACCUCAACCUCAACUCCUUCUCCAGCAGCGCUCCACAGACGCAAGACGCAGUGAGUAACCAAACACAAGCAAACCCCGCCCACUUCCUCCCUAACGGCCGUGUCGACGCUGGACCUGUGCCGACCACGUUCACGCACGUCAACCGCAACAAUGUCACGCAGCAGAACGCAGACACGCAGACGUACGAGGACGCCGCGGCACGUCACCGACGCGCUGAGAGACGCACCGCCUCCCCGAGCUCCGCCCACCGACAGAUGCCGUGGGAUCAGGUCAGAGGGACGCCGUCGUAUCCCAGCGGCACGCUUCAGAGACGAGCGCCAUCGCCCGAGUUCAUCUCCGACUCUACAGACUACACCGCCCAAUCGACGCCACGGGAGGGAAGAGUGGCAAGCAGAGCUGACCCCCGACCUCCGAGACAGGUUGCCACGGCAACGCGGAGCCGAUCAGCUGAUCGUCACGGCGCCAACAACGGCAUUGAAGCUCUGUUUGACACUUUACACGACAGGCUGAGGAACUCCCGCACACAAGGGCGGAGCCAUCAGCAGGGAGAGCCCAGGCGCCACGAUGUCACCAGGCAGGACGCCACGCGUAGACACGCCCCCAGUGAGCAGCAGCAGCAGCAGCAGCAGCAGCAGCAGCAGCAGCAGCAGCAGCAGCAGCAGCAGCAGCAGCAGCAGGUGUCAGCGGGGCUGAGUGGACCUCACAGCUCAGAUACCAGAGCGUUGGCUGAUCCUAAUCACCUUCCCCAAGCCCACAUGUCACAACCGAUCCAGAACCAACCACAAUCCCCGGCGGCGCACACACAGCCUGCUGUCACACGCGCUGCCAACAACGCUCGCCAAACUGGCGCUGCUCCACUUCCUGUCCACUCUCAUCCCAGUCACCUGACCCAGGCUGCAGUGAUGGCCCACACUGAGCGGGCUCGCACGUUUCAGAGCCGCAGACAACAGACGCAGGCUGCACUGCUCAGCCCGGGACCACAGACCCGGGCUCCUGCCGCCGCCGCCGCCGCUGCCUCCGCUCAGCACGCUCAUGCCCCUCCUCCUCCCCCCGUCAUCCCCCUCACUCAGUUCCAGACGCUCCCCAAAGAGCGGCAUCAGCACAGAUCCCCGGGCAGAACCCCGCAGGCGCCCAGGCCUCCCGUCAACAUCCCGCUGAGUCAGCGGAACCUACACGUUCAACGGCAGCGCCAUCCUGUGGCCACGCCUGCCAACAGACAGCACCGCCCACCUGGACAUGUGCAUGUCAGUCCACACAGGAACGGCCAUCAUGCCCAUCACACCCAUCACGCUCAUGCCCGCGGCCACGGAAACCCCGCCGACUUCACCGACCCACGACAGGCUCAGAGAGGGAGACCACGGUGAGGACAGACAUCAGCACACAGAGACACAAGGACGACUGUCCGUCUGUCUCACUCUGGUGUCUCACUGCCUCACUCAGAGACAGCGACAGCAGGGACAGAGACAGCGACAGCAGGGACAGAGACAGAGACAGCAGGGACAGCAGUAACAGGGAGAGAGACAGAGACUGCAGGAACAUGAAGUAUUGAUAUUUUUGUUUACAGUUACUUUGCACUUGUCAGUGAAGAGGAUUCAGUGAACUAUGAAUGGAUGACUCUUAUUAAUGAAAUGCUUUAAUGAAUGAAUGAAUGAAUGAAGCUUGAGCUGCUGAAGCAGCACAAAGUAAAGUGUCUGUCUGUGCUGGGUCACAGACGUUUCAUUAAAGGGACAGUUGUGUGUUUAUGUUAGAUACUGACAUAUACUAUAGCCUGAGCUGUGUGCGCCCCCUGCUGGUCACCUCCUCCACCAAGAAGCAGCGCAAGAAAGACGAGCUAUUUUUGUCCCGGUGAAAACAUGGAGACAAACAUAUUUUUAGCCACUUUUAGCCAUUCGCAGAGCCAAAAUUAGGCUCCAUCAGUUUAAGUGUACGAUGUUUUUAAGAACACGUUCACGUCUUUAUCUCACUGUUAGACAGACUUUUGUAACAG